CCCAUUGGCUCCUGCUGCGACGCGCGCCUCGCCGUUUCUUGCACUUUCGCAUCUCUCUGGCGCCCAUUGAUCUGAAGCCAACAGCAGCAGCAGCCUUGCAAUUUGAUUUGCUUCACUUCACCAUUCACGCUCAACGACAGUCCAUUGAUACGCAACACAGCAACAAAGCUGCACCCUCCUAGCCACUAUUUGCUAACGUACCCCAUCGAAUCCCCUCUAUUCCACCAUAUCCAGCAGACACAUACGAAACAUACCCGCUACCUCGCGGCAAUGGCUGCUCUCCAAGGGUCAGCACCACCAGCACUGGGCACCUUGUCCACGUCGAGCACUGCCGCCGACCUCCCCCCUGACACCGACGUCCACGUCGACGGCCCAUCAUCUUCCCACCAGCCUUCUGCAUCCACACCUGCUGAUGGCCCAACCAAAUCCUCUGCCACCAGCCCCGAGCCCGAGGAUGGGAAUGCGGCGCUCCCCAUACGCGACAAGGACAGCUUCACAAGAGUCAUGGUGGACCGCUUCCAGACACGCGACUGGGUUCAUUCUUCUCUUCUCGGCGAAGAUCAAAUACGGCUCGAAAAGACUACCAAGGAUGUGCUUGCGCGUACCAGUGACUUCAAGACCUACAAGGAGUUCUAUCACCAGUAUCCGGCUAGGUUAUAUGGUGAAGGCUACCGAGGUUAUGGCAACGGCUACACGGAGAAUGGCGGGACUACCAAGCUCAUAUAUCCCUCCCAGAGGCGUCGCCCCGGUCGCAGGGCCACGCCACCUGUCAAGUUCACAAAGUCCCAGAUCAAGAAGCAGGCAGAGCAGCCUGAAGAACUGGUUCCCGUCCGGAUAGAUGUGGACUACGACAAAAUCAAGCUCCGGGAUACCUUUACCUUCAACCUCUAUGAGCGCCUCGUGUCAGUCGAGCACUUUGCCGCUGAACUGGUCGAAGACAUGGGCCUCGAACCGCCUCUGGCCAAACCUGUCUAUGACCAAGUGGUUGCCCAGAUGACGGAACAGCUCCAGGAUUUUUUCCCCUUCGUCCACUCGGAAGAGGAAGCCCUCGACCCCGAGCUCCCCUAUUCGGCAUACAAGAAUGACGAGAUGCGCAUCCUGAUCAAACUCAACAUCACCAUUGGGGCACACACGCUCGUGGACCAGUUUGAAUGGGAGCUCAACAACCCCCUGAACUCGCCCGAGGAAUUUGCUGCUUGCAUGGCCCGGGACCUCUCUCUGUCGGGCGAGUUCACAACCGCCAUUGCUCACUGCAUCAGGGAACAGGUCCAGCUCUUCACGCGCAGUCUGUACAGUGUGGGCCAUCCAUUCGACGGCCGGCCAAUCGAGGAUCCAGACCUCCUUGCUGCCUUCUUGCCUACACCCCUUCCAUCUGUGUUCCGACCUCAACAACAAGCCAAGGACUACGCACCGUACUUGUACGAGAAUACCGAGGCCGAACUGGAACGAACCGAAAACAUGUUCUCACGUGAGCAGAGGCGACAGAAGCGUUCUACCAACAGACGUGGUGGGCCUCAGUUGCCGGAUCUUAAGGAAAGGCAAAGGACCAUCCGAACUUCGAUCGUAUCCUCGGUGCUGCCCGGUGCAGCUCUAAACAUUGAGGAAAGCCGGCUGUUCAAGCGCGCCACUGGUGCUGGGGCUGGCAGGGGAGGCAAGAGGACACUCAGAGAUGGUGUCGACCUUUCAGACUCGGAAGACAGUGACGAGUCUGAUCCUGAUUCACCGGCCGUGUCUCAGCUUCAAGGGACCGCCAGAACCAGGGGUAUGCGCGGCGCCGCCACGGCAGCUGCCCAGCGCAUGGCCAAUAUUGGCCGAUCCGAGACCCCUGAGGCUGUCAUCCACCACCACGAGACCCGAACGUCUCGGCGGUAUGGCCGGGAGGCCACCAGGGAGCAGACAGAAGAUGUGCCACAGCAAUACAUGAUCACUCUGCGUGUCAACCCGGCUCGACUUAGGAAGUUUAUGCGGGAGUACAAGCCGAGGCCGCUGGCAGCGCUAGGCUCAGCUACACCAACGCCUGCUCACCUACGAGCUCCGGGCGUGGCGGGUUCGAUGGGCCCACCGUUAACGCCAUUAGCAGCAGGUGGCGCCGUGGCCCCUAAUGUUCAGAACCAGCAAGAUGGCAUUCCGGCUCCACCACCGAACCCGGAUGGCACACAACCCAAGAUUGCAGCCCCACCACCACCAGCGUGGCUCACAGCCUGUCUUGAUGAGCUUCGCCGCGACUACCCCAACGACAUCUUUGACUCUACAAUGCGGUACUUUGCCAUCAACUCCGAAACAGGGAACUCGAUGCCUUUGCCUCUCACCCCGGAACAGAUGGCCUUGCCCACGACAAAAUACGUAUUCUUGCCUAGGAUCAAGUGUGCAGACUGUCCGGGCAAGAGUUAUACCGUUGGUCCGGAGCACACGGUCAAGGGCUUUGAGGUGCAUCUGAGGAAGAACAACACGCAUCAGGAGAGGGUCAGGGCGAGGCUGGCCGGAGGCGGCGGGCUGCCAGUGGUGGGAGAUGGGAGGAGUCCGAGUGUUGGGGCCGGUAGUGGGGCGCCAGCUGGAGGGACGGGGAUCGUCAUACCCGCCUUGAAUCCGAAUCAUACGCGGACUUCCUAGAGCCAAGGUCAGCCUGGAAGGGAUUUAUUUCCUGGACGAUUGUCAACCGGUCGGGGACUGGAUCCGUGGAUCUUUCGGAUGCUAUUCCGAGAAGCCAAGCCCGUACGAAAUCGUUUCGUUUUGGUGUACUCCGCUCAGGUUCCUGGGGCGCCGUGGCUGGAAACGUCCGUUGAUUUUCAGAAUAUGGUGUCUGAGGACGAAAAUGAGCUUUUCAAAGACUAGCAGUCUGCCAAAAAGGGUCGGCUCCCUAGAGAAGAUGCGCCUAUUUCUGAGUCGCCCUGUCGUUUCUUAACCAGUGGGCCAGAUGAUAACAUAAUCUGGCGGCCAUAUGCCGACGCGCCUCCCGAUCAGGAUCCGUUUUUGCAAAAUGAAGCCAAUUUCGAGUACUAUCGUUGGGCGACUAGUGGAAAUCAUGGCGACGAAGGUCAGCCUUCCCAACACCUGCAGCCUCUUCGGGGGGAAGAACGCCGAGAAGAGAUCAUGCCCUCUCAAGUUGAUCAGGCUCCUGAGGAGAAUCUGUCUUUCCUUGAUGAUGAUGAUGGUGUGUUACCCUCUGGAUUUUUGGAUGGUGGGUUCGAUACCAACGAAGGGCAACCUUCCCAAAAUUCGCAGUCUCUUUGGGAGGAUGAAUACCGAGAAGAAGUCAUGCCUCCUCAAACCAAUCAGCCUCCUGAAGAAGAUUCGCAGCUCUUUACUCAAGCCAAUUUGCCGCCCUAUGGUUUUUGGAACAGUGGGUUCUCUGCCGGCGAAGGUCAGCCUUUCCCAGACUCGCAGCCUCACGAUGGGAACCAGCCUCCCGCAAGGCGUGGGGGUCGCUAGUAUUGUCCAAUUCCCCAUUGCCGGAACAAGACUGGAUUCAAAAGUGAAAAAAAUCUCCGGCAACAUAUGAAAGAUGUGGCGCACGAAGCAGGUCAGCCUCUCCCGAACUCGCAGCCUCACGAUGGGAAUCAGCCUCCCGCAGCGGGUGGGGGUCGCCAUUAUUGUCCGCUCCCCAAUUGCCGGAACGAAAUUGGAUUCAAAAGUGAAAAGUUUCUCCGGGAACAUAUAAGAGAAGUGGCGCACGAAAAAAAAGAAGCAAAGUCUACCGCGUAUUGUUUCCCAUGUGCGGACAGAGGAGGAGGAAUCCCAUGUGAUCGGAAAUCCCCAUGCAAGCAAUGUAAAGAUCACCAGACGCAUGAUCAGUGCAAAUAUGAUCCUGUCUUGAACAGGCCUCGAAGGGAUUACAAGCCGGCUGCGCAGCAACGAAAAACCACCACCGGCCAUCAGAUCUGUCAUCCAUGCCAGGAUGCUCAUCUUGUAUGUACAGGGGGGUCGUACUUUGAACAGAUCGCGUGUGAUCAGUGUAAACUGCGCGGCUUAUCUGAGCACUGCAAAUAGGAGACGCAGCCGAUAACUCAUCGGGCUAUAACCGGUCCGAGGGGCCGUUCAGGGGGGGCGGAAGCAGCGAGUUCACAGGGGUUUGGUGUUUAAAAUGUUUCUUUUUCUCAUAUUCUAUGCACGCAGACAGGUUUCAGCGGAUACCUAGUCAGAGUAGUAGCAGGCUCAAUGAUGUAUGUUUAAGUGGUUUUGGUUGGGUGGAGGAAAGGGAGGGGGAGAGGAGCCGUAAAUUACAUGUUUUCAGCGUUUUGGGUGGGAAGAAGAUGAAAUAUACAAUUCUCCAAAACAAG